UCAAAAUCUCUCUCGACUGACUUGUGCUCCAUCAAGUGCGCGGUGGAAAGACCAUUCUAAUCGGCUAUUUAGGUUUUAUUUUUCCUUUUGUUUUCGCUCUUUUGUAGUAGCUCUUAAAAAGGCUAAACCCAGUUCUGAUGUUCGUUUUCUUGUUCAAGAGUAGUGUUGGUUGAUGUAUUCCACGAGUACACGAGUGUAGACUAGAAGAGUGAAUGUGAGAGACUGGCAAUCACGUUCUUGCUUGGAUGGGAUUGAAAUACUGACGGAGAAUUCUUUGGUGCGUUCGAUGGAGAUUUCCAAAAAAGUUGGAUAGGUUACGGUCGAUCCGUCGAUGCGGCAGUCGUGCGACAACACAGGAAUCAGACUGGUAAAUGUUUGUCUUUUCCGUUUAGGUACACGAGCGGCACAAGUGACACAACCACGACCAACUACUACACGAGCGGGACAAGUGACACAAGCACGACCAACUACGGUACAACCGGCACAAGUGACACAACCAUCACCAAGUAGUAAGUUGAAUAUGAAGCGUACACGAGCGGCACAAGUGACACAACCACGACCAACUACUACACAACCGGCGCAAGUGACACAACCGGCACAAAUAACACUACCAUCACCACUAUGGGUGUCUACUGGAAGCAUGACAACUCCACGUCAAUUACCGACUUUAACCCUUCUCAAGUCCAGCAAAGUUAUUGUCACUGGUGGUUACACUGGUGGUUCUAACAACGGAUUCACUGCUACUUGUGAAAUAUUUGAUCAAUCAACGGGCCAAUGGAGCCCUACUGCAAGCAUGGCCACAGCACGUUAUUAUCAUAGAGCAACGCUGCUGGACUCAGGCAGCGUUCUUGUCAGUGGUGGUAUAACAUUGUCCAGUUAUACUGCUAGUUGUGAAAUAUAUGAUCCAUUAACGAGCCAAUGGAGCCCUACCGGAACCAUGGCAGCAAAUCGCCGAUCUCAUACUGCAACACUGCUCAAUUCGGGCAAAGUUCUUGUCGCUGGUGGUGAAGGGGGCAGCAGUGGUGCUGAUACUGCUAGUUGUGAAAUAUAUGAUCCAUUAACAGGCCAAUGGAGCCCUACUGGAGCCAUGACCACAGUACGUCAUUAUCAUACUGCAACCCUGCUCAGUUCGGGCAAAGUUCUUGUCACUGGUGGUCAAGAUGAGGUUAAUGCUCAAAAUACGGUUAAUACUUUUGCUAGUUGUGAAAUAUAUGAUCCAUUAACAGGUCAAUGGAGCCCUACUGGAAGCAUGACUACAGCACGUGUUUUCCAUACUGCAACUCUGCUUCAAUCGGGCAAAGUUAUUGUCACUGGUGGUGGACCAUUGUCUCCUGUCAACAGUGGACUACCGUCUGUUGCUACUGCUAGUUGUGAAAUAUAUGAUCCGUUAACAGGUCAAUGGAGUCCUACUGCAAGCAUGGCUACAACACGUGCUCAACAUACUGCAACCCUGUUCAAUUCGGGCAAAGUUAUUGUCGCUGGUGGUAGAAUAACUAGCUCUAAUUUGGUUGGUAGUUCUGAAAUAUAUGAUCCGUUAACAGGUCAAUGGAGUCCUACGGCAAGCAUGAUCACACCACGUUGGAAUUAUGCUGCAACCCUGCUCAAUACGGGCGAUGUUCUUGCAGCUGGUGGUCAAGCUGCGUCUGGUGUUACUGCUACUUGUGAAAUAUACUAUCCAUGA